AUGGCGUCGUCAACCACAGUCAAAGGCCAGGUGAAAGGCCUCCUUAAAGGACUUAGAUACAUAUCCCAAAUAUUUGACGAGGAGGACGAAGAAAAGGAGAUACAAAUUGGGUUCCCAACAGACGUUAAGCAUUUGGCACAUAUUGGAAGUGAAAAUGCGAAUGCAAAUGCACCAAGCUGGAUGACCGAGUUUAAAGAAACAUCAGAAACUUCAUCAGGAGAAGUAGUAAACUCUACUAAUAAGAUGCCCAAAGAUAAUGAUGAUAAUAAUAACAAUAGUAAAGGUGAUGGGAAGAAAGUGCACGUUCGAAAGCCUAGGCCGCGUUCAAGAGAGACCCAAUCCUCAACGACUUCUCCGACACGAGAGAGCUCCUCGGAAGGAACGAAGCAACACACUCGACGACAUCAUUCCUCGGAAUCUUCUAGAAGACAACACCACCACCACCACCAUCAUCACUCGUUGGAAGAUGAGAAGCCCCCAACAACAAAACAUUCGCAUCGCAGAAAGUCAAAGACGACAACGUCCGAGGAAAAGGAUGGUUCAACGAGGAGGCCGUCCAGAACUAGAGAAACAUCAAAGGGGGAAUCCUUAACUGAUGCCUCUUUUGCAGAUCUUACCAUUAGAGAAGAACGUGAGUCAUAGUGGACCACCAGAUUCAGUUUAGAGAGAGAGAGAGAGAGAUUUCAGGGGCAAGAAUACUAUUAUUCUUGCAUUAUUAAUUAAUGAAUUACAUAUUAUAUCAUCCAUCAUCUUGCAUGCUGUUGUGACUUCAAUCAUUUAA